AAGAGGCCGACUAGGUAGGACUUAGUCUUUAAGUCCAUUGACCAUGGAUAACAUGGGUUACCCACUUACCUAUUACUUCUAAGGCUAGUGCUCGCUCUUUCUUCUUUCAAGCCCAUCGAGAAAGUGGAUAAAACUCCGGCUACUUGACACUACUUGCAAUCUUCGAUAAAACUCCGGCUAAACCAUGGCUGACAGAUAGUGACAAGUUGGUUAUAAAGUCUUCAUUUUUAUUUAUUUGUUUAUUUAUUUAUUUUUUUACAUAAUAUAAUUAAGAGUAUAUAAAUAUAAAGAGAAAAGAGCCAGUCAAUGCCUUUUGCCUAUGCCUUAUCUAAUUCUCGAUCUCAAACAUCCCAUUUGGCUAUUUCCAAGUUUUGUAAAAUUGGGCAAAGUCUAUAAAGCUCUCUGUGUCUUGUUCCCAAGUAUAAUCCCUUCGGUGUUACCAAUGAAAGAUGAACGCAACAAAGGAAGCAGAAACAGUACUCUUCACUCUCCGGCUAAGAUCCUUAGCCGGCCCAUCGGAAUCACGGCUCAAUCUCCGGUAACAAAGUCGGACAUGGAUCCCAGUAUCUGGAGCCAGCUGCCGAACGAACUACUCGAGAUAAUCCUCUCCUUUCUACCCCUGAAAAACUUCUUCAACCUUAGAUCAACUUGCAAAACUUUCUGGUCUAUGGUAUUUUCUCCUCGUUUCAUUUCUAAACACAAUUCUUCUUUACCAUCUUUUUCCUCCUUUCUCUUGCUUUCUCACCCUCAAUGUCACCGUCGCUUUCCUCUCUAUGACUCUAACCUCAACGCGUGGCGCAACAGAGCUCUGUCUUCCUCUGUCUCGUUACCUUCGGCAUCUCUGCUCACCUCCUCGAAUGGCCUCCUCUGUUUCUCUCUCCCCACCUCCUCUUCCUUCCUCGUCUCAAACCUAUUGGCCAAUACGGAGAGAGAAAUCAAAUUCCCAACAUACCCUUUUUCAUUCGAGCUUCUAUCUCUAGUUUCCACCCCAUUGGGGUACACCAUCUUCGCUCUCUGUUCUCAAUCAUCCUCAAAAUCCACCUACCUCUACGAUUCCAGGAAUCAUUCCUGGACGGAAUCAGACGGCUUCGAUCCAAUUCUGAACGACAAUCACCACCAGGAAGCCGUUUACUUUAAAGGGGCAUUGUACUUCACCACCGCGGAGCCAUUUUCCAUCGUCAGCUUCGAUUUGGAGAAAGGGGUGUGGCGUAGAUCAGAAGCCGAGGUUCCGGGUGAGCUCACUUUCGCUCGAUUGGUAAGUGGCAGUGGUAGACAUGGAGGAAGCAAUGAAACGCUGUACUUGAUCGGGGGAAUAGGAGGGAAUGGGAUUACGAGGAGCUUGAAAGUGUGGGAAUUGGGGAAUGAGGGAAGGGAUUGGUUGGAGUACGACAGAGUACCUGAAAUGAUGUGUAGAAAAUUCACGUCGGUAUGUUAUCAUAAUUAUCAGCAUGUUUAUUGCUUUUGGCAUCCGGGAAUGAUAUGCAUUUGUUGUUAUACGUGGCCUGAGAUUCUCUACUUCAAAUCAAGUAGGAGGACUUGGCAUUGGCUUCCCAAAUCUCCUUCCUUGCCUGACAAAUGGAGUUGUGGUUUCAGAUGGUUUUCUUUUAUUCCUAACUUAUAUGCUUCAGUUUGACUCUUCUCUUAUAAUUUUUUUUUGGAUCAUAUUUGGGUUUUUGAUUGGUAGUGUUUCUCAAGUGUGUUUAUGCUUAUUGUUCUUUUUUUUUUUUUUGCUUGUUUGUUUGUAAUGAAAUUAUUAUAUUAUUAGUUACGAAUUUUUCAUUGGA